AUGGAUAGAGUAACAGACUUGGCAUCUAAGAAAGCUGCAGUGAUCUUCACCAAGAGUUCAUGUUGCAUGUGCCACAGUAUCAAGGCACUAUUUUACGAACUUGGAGCAAGUCCUGCUAUUCAUGAAGUUGAUCAUGAUGCGGAUAUGGAGUGGGCCCUGAAACGCCUUGGUUGUAAUCCUUCCCUCCCAGCAGUGUUCAUAGGUGGUAAAUAUGUAGGCUCGGCCAGAGAUGUCAUUUCCCUUCAUGUUGAUGGAUCGCUGAAACAAAAGCUUAUUGAAGCAAGAGCUAUCUGGUUCUAG